CUGAUUCCUCAGCCUCGCUCCAGUGAAGCAUCGACUGCGGGGUUGACUCCGAAACGAUGGAGGGCGGCUCCACGCGUACCUGUGAAUGUCGGCCUCAGCCACGGUUAUAUUAUGAGCCUUAUGUCGAACAGAUUUCAUAUCUGAAAAUUAGUUUCUUUCGAAUGUGAAGUCUAACAGCGACGAGGUGCGGUAUCGCCAAAUAAUAAUCCUAUCAAAGAAAUAAUUACCGAGGCAGAGACAUACAGACUCUGCCAGCGCCCGCCGGAUGGCGGAGGUUAUAGCAGGCGUUGCGAUCGCAAGCAGCAUCAUCCAGCUGAUAGAUGUAGGAGGCAAAGUGGUAUCCCGGAUCAAAGAGUACAGCGACACAACCAAGGAUAUCCCACAGGGGCUACGAGAAAUUAGCGUCCACAUUCCUCUCAUCACAGAGAUAUGCCAGGAGCUACGGGAAGAUGAGAUCAAGAAAGGCCCUCAGGUGUCGCAGUCUAUCUUUGCAGUGAUUGAUGGAUGCCAUGUGACGCUCUCCAGCCUGGAUAAAUUAUGUCGCGAAAUACUACCAACUCCCCGAGAUUCUUCGAUGGUACGAGCGAGGAAGGCGAUGCAGAGUCUCAGGGCAGACAAGAAAUUCACAAACUACCAGCGGAUCUUGGAGACGUAUAAGACGUCGCUGAUGCUGCAUAUUAGCCAGAGAUCUGUGGUUCAGGCAGUUACAAAGGGAGCCUCCAAAGCCCCUGCUUUCGAUACUUUCUACCAUUUCCCCUCAACGCAAGUCUCACGUUUUAUCGCUCGCGAGAAGCUCCUUCGCUCGAUCGAAGAUGGCUUCUCUGUGGAAACCACAGACUCCCGACCUAAUGUUGUUGCCGUUAUAGGUAUGGGAGGGCAAGGCAAAUCCCAACUCGCACUUGAGUUCUGUCGCAAGACCUCAACUGCACGCCGCUUCGAGGUCAUCCUAUGGGUUGAUGCUACAAAUCUCACAACGCUGCAUCGCAGUUUCGAGACUAUCACCGAGCAAAUCACAGCCGGCAAAGGGCGCCGCACAUUUAAGAAUGCCAACUCGCUCUCAGCCUUCAUCGACGAGACGCUCGAGGAAUGGAAAGCGAGCUGGCUGCUCGUAUUCGACAACUUCGACCAACCAGGGGAAAUGAAGAAUAUUUCCGAUUUCUUCCCGCGGAGCAAGAAUGGCGCUAUACUGCUGACGAGCCGGCAUGCGGAUUCAAAACAUGUUUCGCACACAGCAGUACAUCUGCAUGGGAUGGAGGAAGAGGAGGCGAGAGAGCUGCUAUUUACGAGAACCGGCAAGGAGAGAACGGAGCAAAAUGUUGAAUACGCUGAUGCUAUUGUCAAGAUGCUGGGUUGUUUGCCUCUGGCUAUCGAUCAGGCGGCUGCGUAUGUGACGUCGAGGAAUCUGCCUUUGGGGUCGUUUCUUGAGCAUUACUCGAAGAGGAAGGCGAUGAUCAUGAAGCAUACCCCUCAGCUGUGGGAAUAUAGACGGACACAUGGAGAAGAGGGUGACGAAACCUCAUUAAAUGCGUUCACUACGUGGGAAAUGGACUUUCGACAGAUCAAGCAGGAGGGUGUUCAGACGGAAAGUAUUACCCAUAUACUGACACUCUUUGCGUUCUUCAAUAUUUUGAAGGUUUCGGAAGACCUAUUUUCGGCAUAUUAUAAGUCUUGUCCAUUCCCGCCAACCUGGAUGGAGGAUUUUGUGACGGAUGGAGAAUGGGACUCAUUUACAUAUGGAGAUGUUAUUGCAAGUCUACUCAAACUGUCGCUUCUACAGCAGCCACGAGCUGAGAGCAAUGAAUCCGAGUUCUCUAUCCAUCCUUUGAUUAGGGAUUGGAUCCAACUGAGAAUAAGUGCAGAAGAGCGCCGAGAAUACCUCCAUGAAGCGACACAGAUACUAAUGUCUUAUGUCACCCUUAAUCUCGAGGGGACCAUAACCCUUGCCAAACGCCGAGAAAUCCUAUCCCAUCUCGACGCAGUCAUGAUGGCUGAUUCUCAAUAUCUAUCCAAAGGAAACCAACUAGGCUACGGCGCUUUACGCCCCGUCUCACACACCUUUGCCACAUUCUACGAUACCUCCGGACGCUUCAAAGAAGCCGAAGAACUGCUCAAGCGCAUCCUCGAUAACGACACCGCCACAGAAUCUCAGAACCUUAUUGACCUCGACUCCCGCACAAGUCUCGAAACGCUUCUGAAGCUUUCCCAGGUCUAUUUUAGCCAGGGUCGAUAUGAGGAAGCUACUGAGAUGGCCGAGCGCUGUUAUAAGGGGUACACCGAGCUCGUUGAUGCACAAAACCCUAACGUCGCCGCCGCAGCCAUGAACCUCGCUGAGACAUACUACAAGCGUGGCCGUAACGCUGAUGCGCGCAAACUCUUCUCCUCCGCGCUGGAUAUCUACCAGGAGCACCUCCCUGCCAAAGACUUGCGCAUCUACGCCGCGCAAGAGAAGCUGGCUGGUGUCCUCCGUAGCAUGGGCGAGCACGAAGGCGCCUUUGCGCUGUAUCGCCAGGCGCUGGCGGGGAAAGUGGCAGCACUGGGAGAGAAGCAUGUCUCGACGCUACGCACCGGUGUCGCGCUCGCCAACAACUACCGAGCUCAAUGCCAGUAUGUGCCAGCGCUUGAGAUACUACUCCGUGCUGUGAGUAUAACGACGGAAUUACUCGGACCCGAGCACCCUGAUACGCUGAAUGCGAUGAUCCACCUUGGGAUUUUGUGUCGGAAUAUGGGAAAAGCGGAGGAAGCAGAAAAGUGGCUACUGCGGGUUGUGGAGGCGGGUGGGAAGGCGUUAGGGGCCAGGCACCCGGAUAUUCUAAGGGCGGAGUUGGCGCUGGGCAUGUUGUUUGUGCAACGGGGGAGAGUGGCGGAGGCGGAGCCGAAGCUGCGGAUUGUGGUGUUGGGGCGGCAGCGGUAUUUAGGGGUAAAGAAUGAUGCGACUGUGAGGGCGGUGGAGAUGCUGGGGUAUUGCUUGUGGGAGACUGGUCAGCGGGAUGAGGUGGAGGAGUUGUGUAUGAGGAGCUGUGAUGCGGUUGAAGAGGGGGGCGAAGUGGGAUGGAAAGGGAAUCAAUAUGCGGCCUGCGAGAGAGUUUUCAGGAAAGCUGUGACGAGGGGGGAUAAAAAUCUGGGGCGCGAUCAUCCAGAUACGUUGGACUGUGUGCUUAUGCUGGCUCAAAUAUGCGAAGCUCGGGAUAGAGUGGGAGAGGCACGGCGGCUGUUUGAGGGGGUUCUUGAUGCACAUAUAAAGAGGCUAGGUCUGGAUGAUUUUGAGACGGCGAGUGUAAGGGAUAAGUUGGCAAGUUUGAAGGAGGAAGCAGAAAGCGAGAAGAAGGGAACGUGGUAGAGAGAGUAAGAGGCAGGAGCAGUAGCACUAAAUUGCAAUACUAUCACUAUAAAGAC